AUGGCAUGCAGCCUAUACAAUCCAAUUCGCGCGCUAAUACAAUGCGCACUUGAUAACGCUGAAGCCAUCAUCGACGGCAACCGGGCAUCCACAGCGCGCAACAUCAUACUUAAGUGUUUUUAUGUCGACGAUUAUUUGGAUAGCGUCGAUACUACAGAUAUGGCCGUCAUCCGAGCACAAGAUGUUAUUAGCACCAUCCUUCAACUAGGUGGAUUUGUGUUAGACAAGUGGAAUUCUAACUGUUCACGGGCCCUAGCAACANCAAUAUGCGGCUCUUCCGUAGCAGAUUUGGCAAUCAAUUUGGGCGAUCAUGACACGAAAGUACUGGGGCUACACUGGAACCCAGUUACCGACAACUUGUUCUUCAAGACGAAGUUAUGUGAUAAUGAGUUGCCUAUUACUAAACGUGCAGUUUUGAGAGACACAGCCCGGCUGUAUGACCCAACUGGCAUGCUUGCGCCAGUUAUCGUGUUAGCAAAGAUGUUCAUCCAGAAGCUUUAG